ACAUCCAACGAUGGCGAGUUCAAACUGCUCAAGUCUGAGGAAGUGGCCAAGCUGUGGGGGCUACGGAAGAACAAGACCAACAUGAACUAUGACAAGCUGAGCAGAGCCCUGCGUUACUACUAUGACAAAAACAUAAUUAAGAAGGUGAUUGGCCAGAAGUUUGUCUACAAGUUCGUGUCGUUCCCUGAGAGUCUGAAGAUAGACCCAGCGGUGGUGGAGUCAGGCUGUAACAGUGAGGAAAGUGGAAGCGCAACAUCAGAGCCCGAGGCUGAAGAUGAGGAUGGGGGUGGAAAAAACAAAUACCUCCACUCUGGUCUGUAUUCCUCCUUCACCAUCAGCUCUUUGCAGCAUCCGUUAGAACCACACCGGCCAAUCAAAACAGAUCCCACAUCCAAUCACCAGGAGGAGAGCUCCUCUGUCAUCCGAUUCAUAACCAAUCAUGACCAUUCCUCCCUCCCCACAAUGCCCCCACAAUCUCCAAGUGACACCUCUCAGUCCUCCAGGCCAUCUCCUCAGCAAGCCUGUUCGUCCUCCUGCUCCUCUUCCCCACCACAAAGCCCCACCCACACACAGUGGAGGAGGCAGAGUCAGAGCACCAAUACUGAUGAGUUAGAGCAGAGUGCUCAACCUCUAAACCUGUCAUCAGGUCAGAAGGAGAAGGAGAGGGAGAGGUCACAGAGCACCACCACACCAGAGAGGAGAGGAUUAGCCAAUAGUGUGUCUUCAAAGGCAAGGAAACUCAAAGACUUAGAAAUCUCCACCCCUUCCCUUCUCCUGACAGGAAGUAACCUGGUCUCCAUUUCCAGCAGCCCAACACUGCCUUCAGGGUCCCUAAUCCCUGCCUUUGUCAUGGCACAGACUCCUUCUGGUCUGGUGCUCACUCCCAGUCCUCUACUCUCCAGUAUCCAUCUUUGGUCCAGCCUGAGCCCAUUGGGCCCCCUGAGCCCCACCCAGCUGCAGAGCCAUGGCCCCCUCUUCCAGUUCCCCACACUGUUGAAUGGACCCAUCUCAGUGGAUGCUCCGACUCCCUUGCUGUUGUCCCACAGCUCCCACAGGUCCUGAUGUCAGCCUGAGCCCUAUUAGAGAUACCUGGACCAAACCAGACAGAGCUGGUCUGAUUCAGGACAGAUCCAGACUAAGUCAAAUAGACUUAAUCUCAGAUGAUGAACCCACACUGGAGUCACUGGAGUUACCUUUAUUAUAUGACAAAACAGGGGCUUCAAUCUGAAGCUUUACUCUGUCAGAAGAAUAUCUGCAUUAGAUAUUUCUUGGUGUGUUUACUAGUUUAACUGCUUGUGUUCUUUACAUUUGUGUUUGGUUUGGUGUUUUCCUAUUUUAAGGAUGUAAAAGCCUCUGAAUUUCUUCUCAUGCAACAAAAGUGACUGAAGGUCAGACCUCAUCAUGCUUGUCAUCUCAUUAUAUAUUUCCUCUCGUUCCACUUGGUGUACACAUCUGUGACAUAGACUGUCCACACCACUGCCUCCAAAAACAUAGAUCUGGUGAAAAUGUUGUCAGGAGACAUCUUGGCCUCACUGAGACAGAAGGCAUUGUAAGUGCCCAUGGCAUGCGCAAACAUCAAUCCCUUUCAAGUAACUCCAAAGUCAGUAAAUCCAACUUGUGGUCGCUACAUCUUCCCCCACACAUCCACAUAUAGUACCAAAGUAGUGAAAUUAAUUCCAACAGGUAAUGUAGCACUGACAGUAACAUCAUGGAUUAUUAAU